CUACAGAAGACACAUGCGACUAUGUCCCCUUCUUUUUGGCCUGUUUGAAGGACUAUCCGUCAACUUACUUCCUUGUGCUUUUUUGUUUGUUCAUUAAUUAGUUAGAUAGUUGGGUUGUUAUUAACUCGGCAUUAUUGCUAACUAGCAAAAAAAACAAACAUUGAUAGUUUUAUUGGCUCAUCCGGGCAGCAGAGUAGUAACGUCGAGAUGAGGAGUGGAGCCUACAAGUUUCUGUCCGUUUUUUCUUGUCUCAUUGUUUGCGGUUUCAUGUUCAUGUUUUGGUUUUUCGUUUUUUACUCCAUGGUACUUGCGCCAUAAUUUACAACUGGAAUUUAUUAUUAUCUUUUUUAGUUAGCUAGUUUUUUUUUAGCACAGACAGCUAGCUAAAUGCGCUAACGUUAAGAUUUACCAAGUCGACAUUGGCCCCCCCACAAAGCAACCUACACUGACAAGUUGUAGCCAGUAAAAAGAUUGAGUCCGAAUUUACUUGGCUACAUAACAAUCAACAGAAAGAGACAAAUGUAGCAACUGAACGGCUAAUGUGUGUAUUUGGGUUAGCGAACGGCUAACCAUCUAGCUAGCUAACGGCUAAGUGGGUUAUUUGGGUUAGCGAACGGCUAACCAUCUAGUUAGCUAAGGGCUAACUGGUGUAUUUGGGAUAGCGAACGGCUAACUAACAGCUAACCAUCUAGUUAGCUAACGUCUAACUGAUGUAUUUGGGUUAGCUAACGGCUAACUGGUGUAUUUGGGUUAACGAACGGCUAACCAGCUAGUUAGCGAACGGCUACAUAGCAACAUCAUUGUGCGCAUACCCAUAGUGCAUUGCGGCAACGACAGAUCACAUGAUCUGAAUAAGGAAGCGAGGUGUAUUUGGGAUUGUAUCUGAGCAUCAAGGAACAGGAUCUGUGAUAGAGAUGGCUUCUGUGCCCGUAGACAAAGACAGUGCAGAUCAAAAGCUGCAGUUUGCUCCCUUCUCCAGUGCCUUAGAGGCAGGCUUCUGGCACCAGCUCACUCAGAAGAAACUCAACGAUUACCGACUGGAUGAAAGCCCCAAGAAUAUCAAAGGCUACUACUACAAUGGCGAUCCGGUCGGCCUCCCCACUCGCCUGACUUUGGAGUUUAGUGCAUUUGAGGCGGAUGGCCCCAGCCCAGCCCGCUGCUGUCCCGUCACAGGGACCCUGUACAACACCAACACACUAGAGGCCUUUAAGACCUCAGACAAAAAAGCACUGCUGGAACAACAGGCCACGGAGAUUUGGGAUUCCAUACAGUCCGGUGAUGCUCUCAAGGACCCAUCCCUCCUCUGCAAAUUCCUUUUGCUGACUUAUGCAGACCUGAAGAAGUACCACUUCUACUACUGGUUCUGUUUCCCAGCUCUCUGUUUCUCUGAGGGAAUUAAGAUCCUCAAGGAGCCGGCUACGUUAGAUCAAGUCUUCUCUUCUAAACAGAUCUCAGCCUUACAGGCAGCCUAUGACAGCCUGUGCGGUGAAACAGGGACCUCAGCUGUUCCUUACUUCCUGAUCAAGUACACAGGGGAUACCGUCCAGGUGGCCCAGCUACGAGACUGGGACAGCUUCAACACCGAUCUCAACAAGGUAACCGUGGGCGUGUAUGACCCCUGCACUCUGCCCCAGCAUCCUGGAUGGCCUCUGAGGAAUCUGCUGUUUCUCCUAGCCAGCAAAUGGGGCUCCCAACUAGAUGUGGUGGAGGUGAUGUGUUUCAGAGACAGGACUCUUCAGGGCAGUAGGAACAUUCAGCACAGCAUCGUGUUCCAGGUCAAACUACCGAUCCCUGAGCAGUCUGUGAAUGCAGGUAAACACACACACACAUCCCACCGUUCCCAAGACUCAGCCCCAGGGAUAGUAGAACUGUUGGACAAACUGGCUGAGUCCUCGGUGGACCUCAACCUGAAGUUGAUGCGCUGGAGGCUGGUACCUUCUCUGAAUCUGGACAAAGUGACUUCUACUAAGUGUCUGCUGCUGGGGGCUGGUACACUGGGCUGCAACGUAGCCAGGACUCUAAUGGGAUGGGGAGUGAGACACAUCACGUUUGUGGACAACUCUAAGAUCUCUUACUCCAACCCAGUCAGACAACCGCUGUAUGAGUUUGAAGACUGUCUGGGAGGAGGCAAGUCCAAGGCCCUCGCUGCCGUCGACAGACUGGGCAAGAUCUUCCCUGGAGUGAAUGCAGAGGGACACGUGAUGAGCAUCCCUAUGCCAGGCCACCCGGUCAACUUCUCUGAGGCGACCAUGUCUCAGGCCCGGCAGGACGUUGAACACCUGGAGAAACUGAUCUCGGAGCAUGACGUCGUCUUCCUGUUGAUGGACACCAGGGAGAGUCGAUGGCUGCCGACUGUUAUAGCUGCCAGCAAUAGGAAGUUGGUAGUGAAUUCUGCCCUGGGCUUUGACACCUUCGUGGUGAUGAGACACGGUCUGAAGAAACCUAAACCCUGUGGACCAGGAGACUCCUCCGACCCUUCCUCUUCCUCCUCUGCCUCAUCCUCUUCCUCCACGCCGGCCGAGCCCGCCCAGCUCCCAGCAGCCUCUCUGUUCUCCAACAUCCCCGGACACCGCCUCGGAUGCUACUUCUGUAAUGACGUUGUCGCCCCCGGAGACUCCACCAGAGACCGGACCCUGGACCAGCAGUGUACAGUGAGUCGUCCAGGCCUGGCCAUGAUAGCAGGAGCCCUGGCUGUGGAACUCAUGGUGUCCAUACUACAGCAUACUGAAGGAGGUUAUGCGGUAGCCAGCAGUAGUGAUGACAGGAUGAAUGAACCUCCAACCUCCCUGGGUCUCGUCCCUCAUCAGAUCAGAGGGUUUCUGUCCAGAUUUGACAACGUUCUACCGGCCAGUCUGGCGUUCGACAAAUGCACUGCCUGCUCACAAAUCGUCCUGGACAGCUAUGAGAAGGAUGGUUUCAACUUCCUGUCCAAGGUGUUUAACUCCUCCCACUCCUUCCUGGAGGACCUGACUGGUUUGACUCAGCUACACCAGGAGACACAGAACGCAGAGAUUUGGGACAUGAGUGAUGAUGAGAGCAUCUGAGAGGGAGGACGGAACCCGGAACAUCAGCGUUCUAGAAUCGGAACACGGAACACAUUCUACUGCGUUCCAACAAGCCGUCACCACUUCUCAUCUCUUCUGGUCAGAGUUCAGAACAUAUAUAAUGGGCCUUCUUCACUAUUAUUAUUUUCUAAACCCCAGUUGGUGUUUACGUAUGCCCCCCGAUACAGUUUUAAUAACGGCUAACAACAUUUGAAGUGGUCAGAGUUGAAUUAAGAAUAUAAGGGUCUUCCAGUAUUUUCUGAAACUGUUUUGAAUUGACGUUGGGUAUCAUCAGAAAGGAUGAAAAAACAUCAUCUUUAAAAUGCCACUGAUAAUAUUAUCAUCUAAUAAACAUCUGAAAUGUAAAGAAUGUCUGUAGUGUUAAGGGAGAACCCCUCUCAUUAUAACAGUGUCACUCUCAUGACAACUAAUAUGGUGAGACAUUCUGUUCUAUUCCUUCUGUGUUCUGAAGGGGAAUGUAAAAAUAUAUUUUGAAAAUUGCUGAAAAUGUUUAAAUGCUUUUUCAGUCUAUCUUGAAUCAUUUGUGUUAUUUGUUUCCCAGAUAAGUUUUCCUGAUACGACCCGCACCCAGCUCACUGUCUGUCAACUGAUUUCACUUGUACCAUACUGCUGGCUCCUUUCCUGAUAAGACCCGUACCCAGCUCACUGUCUGUCAACUGAUUUCACUUGUACCAUACUGCUGGCUCCUUUCCUGAUAAGACCCGUACCCAGCUCACUGUCUGUCAACUGAUUUCACUUGUACCAUACUGCUGGCUCCUUUCCUGAUAAGACCCGUACCCAGCUCACUGUCUGUCAACUGAUUUCACUUGUACCAUACUGCUGGCUCCUUUCCUGAUACGACCCGUACCCAGCUCACUGUCUGUCAACUGAUUUCACUGGUAACAUACUGCUGGCUCCUUUCCUGAUACGACCCGUACCCAGCUCACUGUCUGUCAACUGAUUUCACUGGUAACAUACUGCUGGCUCCUUUCCUACUGGGAACGUAUACAUUUCCCAGAUUGACCUUCUCCUGUAACAUACAGUAUAUAUAUAUAUAUAUAUAUGUAACACAGGUACGUGCUUUACUAUUGCUCUUCCAGUUUCAGGGACUUUUCACACAUUUAUGUCCAUCCAGAUGAUUACACUGUGUAAAUAUGGCUUGAUGUAGACAUACAUACCAGUACAACAUACAAUAGGAACUGCUUUACAACCCCCCCGAGGGUAGGUAUCACGGUUUGUGAAACACAGAAUGAUGCCACCACUCCGUACGUUCCCCAUAUUCUGUCAUGUCGCAUCUUGUACUUUUUUUUUUGUAACAUCUUUGUCAAGUACAGAUAAAAGCCACAUUUGACUCUUACAUUGGAUGUAAAUCAAAUUAAAUGUUCCCUGUAUGGA